GCCAUGAGCUCAGGCCUGCCCUGCCAGAGUGGACAGCGGGGCCCCUGGCAUGCCCGCUGCUGCCCCCAGAGGUGCCGUCCUCGGCCCCUGGCUCAUUCCAUCCCUUCAUGAGACUCUCCCAUCAUCCUUGCCAUCUGGCACGACGAACUCAGCCAUACAGUGAUGCAUUUCAGCCUCUGGCUGAUGCCCCAUCAGUCCCUUCCUUUGCCAGUGACCAGGUCAUUCCAUUUUCUGCCCCCAGGGCAGCUUCAUUUCAGUCCCCGGGUCAUCCCAUCCUCUUUGAUUGGCCCCCCCCAUCUCAGCCACCAGGUCAUCCCUCCAUGGGCAGCAGGCCUGUGGUUGUUCCAUCUCAUCCUGGGUAUCUGGCCCACUCUCAGCCUGACAAUCACCCAUCAGCUCCCAGGCUUUCCCUCUUACAGCCAGCAGAUGGCUCUAGACCCAGAAGUUGAGCCAUUCCAUUUUUGACCAUCGGGUGACUCCAUUGGCUGUCCCAGUCUUGCUUGAACCAUACAUCAUCUGUUGUGGAAGCCACUCACGAGCAGCCGCAGGCUGCCCCAUCGGUUCAUCCUCAUCUCAGCCAUCCCCGUUGGCUGUCCCAGUCUUGGUCACCGAGCUAUCCCACCACUGGCUGUUGGGACCGUGUAUUCCUGGAGGUUGGGUUGUCAAACCCCAGCUAGCUUCACUUGCCAGAUGUCAUGGGGUGUUCUAGACAUCAGGCAGAAGGAGCCAUCCCCUCUGUAAUAGCUGUCUGAGCUUAUCGAACAGUCAGGCCCACUCUUGGCUGAUGGACGUAGGAUUGGCCCCUGUUUUCCACAGACAGUAUAUCCCCUCUCAUGGGGCAGCUUUAUUCUCAUCUUGGCCUUUGGAAACUUCUGAUUCCCCUCAUCAGAGCCCUUCUAGGCCCUGAGUCCUUUGAGCUGUGACCAGUCUCCCUUGGGGUAUAAAUUCCAUUUUCAGAAGUUGGAACUCCCAGCUAAUGGAGCAGCCUCCCAUUUAACAGGCCAACAGCCCUGCCCCUUCCUAGCUGUUGGGCCAUCCUGUUGCCUCAACUGAGGGCCCUCCUGAUUCUCUUCAGAAGACCUGUGGUUCCUGCCAUUGGGAGCACCGAAGGCCACCGUACCAAGAUCUCUUUUGCUAGUUGGCUUGAGUGCACACACGCCAAUUUCUCCCAACAUCUGGCCCCAGGAGGGUCCCACAGGGAAGCCACACACCCCUUCAGAGAGCCCGGCCCAGUGCCCCACCCUCCCAGCCUGCCCCGGCCAGUCUCCAGGCCGGUUAGGCCUCCAUGCCAUCCACUGGCUCCAGGCCUGGAGGAACCAAUUUUAGUUUCCUGUGACUGAGAGGUUGUAAAUUGGACUAAUUUUGGAUGUGAUAGGAAACCAAAAUGAGGUCACCAAGGAGGGGGAGGAGGCAGCUGCCAAUGUGCCGCCCUCCCUCUGCCUUGACCUGCCCCCAGGGAGCUGUGGGCCUACCUGGCUGGCCAGGCCUGGGCCUGCCCCUGGAGGUAGCCCGGAUUUCAGGCCUGAGUUAGGCAAGGCUGCCACCCCUCCAAGACCCCAGCUAAAGCUACGUUUUGCUUUCUUCUCUUUCUUUCGCUCUCUCUUUACUAUACUCUUUCUCUCCCUCUUUCACUCUCUCUUUUUCUUUCUCUCUCUCAGCCCACAGGGGUAGCCUAACUGUUGUCUUUUGGUUCCCAGGGUAGGCUCAGAGGGUGAGCAAAGCUGAGGUCUGGUUGCGGUGGUGAAGGUGGCUCCCAAGGGCUCUGGGGCCUCCUCCCUUGGGCAGCCCAGGGGAUACUUGGCUGCCCCAUGGCCCUAGACCAGAGGUCAGCAAAGUUACUCAGUAAAAGGCCACUUGGGAAAUAUUUAGGCUUUAUAAGCCAUAUACUCUCUUGCACAAUGACUCAACCCUGCCAUUGUGGAAUGAAAGCAGCCAGAGUCACUAUGUAAACUAAUGCCAAUGGCUUGGUUCCAAUAAAACUUUAUUUACAGAGACAAGCAGCAGGCUAGAUGUGGCCCACAGGCAAUGGCUUCCCAACCCCUCCCCAAGACCACUGGAUUGAGAGGUGGAGGGAAGGGACAGAGGAGGAGAAGAUUGGAACGCCUGAAGUUCCAAGAUGAGAAAUGAUUCACCCAAAGCUGCUCAUUCAGCCCAGUCUCUGGCUCCGCUCUGGUGCCUGGGGGCAGCCUGGCUGUGGCCCUGCCUGUGGGAUAUGGUGAAAUCUCCAGCCAGCGCAUGAAGCAGACAGGUUCUCCAGGGGAGGCCAGGGACUUCUGACUCCAACCACUGGCAUGGGGAGCUUUUACCAAUACAGCAUUUUCAACACAGCCCAACCUCAUUAGAUCCUCAUGGCAAUUCUGUGACAGAGGAAGCUCGGGGAUUAUUUUAUUACUCCCAUUUCAUAGAUGAAGAAACUGAGGCCCAGAGAGGUGGAGUCACUUUUCCAGAGUCCCAUAUUUAGUAAGUGGCGAGGUGGGGUUUGAACCCAGGUCUCUCUGAGGCUAUACUGCAUCUGACCAGCCAUGUCCUAGUUCCUCUCUGUCCUUGCCCCACUUCCCAGUGCAUUUCAGAGAUGCUGAUGGGCCUGUGGGAGAGCAUCCCCUUGCAGAUGCAUCAAAGACAGUCACCCUGUUCUCUGUUAGAACUGCGGUGAAGUGUCGGAUGAGGGGAUACUGGGUUCCACCCUGUCUGCACUCUUUCUUGGUCCAGUCCUCUGACUGGGAGAUAUUUCCAAGGUCCCAGGAGAGGAUGCUGGACCUUGGAAACAAAGAACCCUGAAAAGAGGGCAAAGAUCCACGCCAGAGCCUGAAUUCUAAGGCUGUGCUGGCCACAGGGUGGAGGUCUGCCGCUUCCUUGCCUCUGUGGACAAAGUAUAAGAACUGAUGGCUUCCCCGGCCUCCCCAGGAUUACUAGGCCAGCUCUGCACUGGCCUGGAUUUCUUCCUGUCUCCAAAGGAUGCCAGUACUUAGAACACAGAGGCAGACUUUCCUGGUGUCCCCCAGCGAGAUAGUGGGAGGGGCCACAGCAGCUCCCUCUACCCCUCCCACUCCAACAUGACAGGUAGCCGCAGGGCCCAGGGGACCUGCCUUCACCACGCAGCCUCAGCAGCACUCGCAGCCCACUCAGACCGGCAGGGAGGUCGGCCUAGCCAGGAGGUAUUCUGGCACUAGCUGAGCCAGGGCCAGAAGGUGGGUGGGCAGAGCCGACCUGGGGCCUCAGGGUGGGCGCGAGGGCUUUGCAGCCUCCUGGGCGAGGCAGUGGCGGCGACGGCGGUGGCGACAGCUCCGAUGGAGGCCUGGCGAGGUCCGGCAGCGCGCACCCUGCACUGGGGCCUCCUAGUCCUGGCCCUCGGCUUCUUUCUCUUCCACUGUGAUCCCUUCAUCUGCUUCUCCUUUCUCUCCUCUCCUCCACCUGCCCCAAGUUUCGAGGACUCCACCCUGUCCACGGCCACUACCCUUGAGUCUAUCCCCAGCUCCACGGGAGAGCCGAAAUGCCAGCGACCCCGCACCCUGAUGCGGCAGCAGAGCCUGCAACAGCCGCUGAGCCAGCACCAGCGGGGCCGGCAGCCCAGCCAGCCCACCACCAGCCAGAGCCUGGGCCAGCUGCAGGCCCACAUGGCCUCGGCACCAGGCCCCAACCCCCGGGCCUAUGGCCGGGGCCAGGCUCGGCAGGGCACCUCGGCCGGCUCCAAGUACCGGGCGGCAGGGGGCCGCAGCCGCUCCAACCCAGGCAGCUGGGACCACGUGGUGGGGCAGAUUCGAAACCGAGGCUUGGACAUGAAAUCCUUCCUGUUGCCUGCAGGAGGGAAGGCGGUGAACACAGCCCCCGUGCCAGGCCAGACACCCCACGAUGAGUCCGACCACCGGACCGAGCCACGUUCCUCCGUCUCAGACCUCGUCAACUCCCUCACCAGCGAGAUGCUCAUGCUCUCCCCAGGCUCCGAGGAGGAUGAGGCCCACGAGGGUUGCAGCCGAGAGAACCUGGGCCGGAUCCAGUUCAGUGUCGGCUACAACUUCCAGGAGUCCACGCUCACCGUGAAGAUCAUGAAGGCCCAGGAGCUGCCGGCCAAGGACUUCAGCGGCACCAGCGACCCCUUCGUCAAGAUCUACCUGCUGCCCGACAAGAAGCACAAGCUGGAGACCAAGGUGAAGCGGAAGAACCUGAACCCCCACUGGAACGAGACCUUCCUCUUUGAAGGUUUUCCCUAUGAGAAGGUGGUGCAGAGGAUCCUCUACCUCCAAGUCCUGGACUAUGACCGCUUCAGCCGCAACGACCCCAUCGGGGAGGUGUCCAUCCCCCUUAACAAGGUGGACCUGACCCAGAUGCAGACCUUCUGGAAGGAUCUGAAGCCAUGCAGCGAUGGGAGUGGGAGCCGAGGGGAGCUGCUCUUGUCUCUCUGCUACAACCCCUCUGCCAACUCCAUCAUCGUGAACAUCAUCAAAGCCCGGAACCUCAAAGCCAUGGACAUCGGGGGCACAUCAGACCCCUACGUGAAGGUGUGGCUGAUGUACAAGGACAAGCGGGUGGAGAAGAAGAAGACGGUGACGAUGAAGAGGAACCUGAACCCCAUCUUCAAUGAGUCCUUCGCCUUCGAUAUCCCCACGGAGAAGCUGAGGGAGACGACCAUCAUCAUCACUGUCAUGGACAAGGACAAGCUCAGCCGCAAUGACGUCAUUGGCAAGGUAGGGGCGAGGCAGGUGGUGUGGUGCACCUGCUGGCACCAGUGAGGCUCCGUUCCUUAAAAGAAGCAGCGGGGGUAGUGGACGGGCACAGGCUGGACACCAGGAGAGAUUGGGAUCAGUCUCCUCUCCUCUCAGGCCUCUGUUUCUUCAUCCAAAAAUAAGGGGAUGAGAUGACCCCCUCCCUAGGGUUCCUCUCUGAGUGUCCUCCUAUGGGUAAGUCAGCUCAGGACAGACUGCCAGCUGAGCAGGGAGAAAAGGAGUGCAAGAGAGGAAUGGCCUGGAUCUCAAAAGAAAGGUUUACUGGACAGGAUGAUGACGUUGGAGCAGUAUUGCCCGGGGUCCCAUCUGCACAGGGUGAGCUGCGUGGGGCAGUGUUGGGAGCUGCAGUCAGACUCCAAAGACCUCGUUUCAGUUCCCACUCCAUCUGCCGAUAAACAACCAUAUCACCUUGGGCAAGUGGCUCGGCCUCUCCAAGCUUUAGUGUUCUCAUCUGUAAAAUGGAGCAACUAAUACUGUCCCUGUAGAACUUUACAGGGUGGCGUAAGAAUUGCUUGAGGUAUGUGGAUGUUCUUCUUGUAGAAAGUUGGCCAGGCACAGUGGCUCAUGCCUGUAAUCCCAGCACUUUGGGAGGCCAAGACGGGUGGAUCAUCUGCGGUCAGGAGUUUGAGACCAGUCUGGCCAACAUGGUGAAACCCCGUCUCUACUAAAAAUAGAAAAAUUAGCCGGGCAUGGUGGCGGGUGCCUGUAAUCCCAGCUACUCAGGAGGCUGUGACAGGAGAAUCCCUUGUACCCGGGAGGUAGAGGUUGUAGUGAGCCAAGAUUGCAAGACUGCACUCCAGCCUGUGCAACAGAGAAAACUCUGCCUGAAAAAAAAAAAAAAAAAAAAGGUGAUCUCUUCAUAUCACGUAACCAAAAAAUUCAUACCUGACCUUGAGUUUUCCCAGGAUGGGAUUCUGUGACAUAAACCCUUCCAUGUUUCUACCUUAAAAUGUCUACUCCUGUGUUUAUUUAUGGUUUAGUGUUGAGAGCAUGGGCUCGGGAGUCAGAUUGCCUGGGUCCAAAUCCUAGCGUUACUUUUUAACGCUGUAACCUCUCCGAGCCUCAUUUUCUCCUCUCAAAAUGAGAGUGGGAUGGUCCUACCCUUACAAUGUGCCGAGAGGAUUAAGUAAGAUCACACAGGUGAGCUGUUUAGCAUAGGACUUGGAACAUAUGUUAGCUAGUAUGAUAAUAAAGGGGCAUGUAUAUCCAUUCAGGCAGGACAGUUUGACCAGGAGUAUGUGAGGAACCAGUGCUCAGGGCAGUCAUGGAGGAAGGGGAGAUGCCAGGAGUGAGUGAGGGGCACAUACCUGGGCAUUAUCCUGUGUGGGGGAAAGGGAAAGGGGGACUGGAUACCCACAGGGAAGGGAGCUGAGUUGGAGGCAACCCUCAGACAGAUGGGAAUGGAGAACUCACCUGCUGGGGUGAGGGAAGCAGCCUGGCCUAAAAGAGGAGAGCUUGCCCUGCUUGCCAUCAGGUAUGGCACGGGGAGUAUGACUGGCCAAUCUGUGGUCACAGGUGAGACAACUCCCCAGGACAUUGCCAUUCAUACUCCAGAAAAAGUAUGUGGCCCUCCCUGGCCAGGGCUCGGGUCCUGCCAAGCACCCCCUUUGACCAGCUCAGCCCAAAGGCCAAGUGACCAUAUCUCCUUUGAUGUUCUUUUGAAGCUUCGCCUCUUGGUGUCGGAUGUUCCUUAGAUACCAAUUAGAGCUCCUUCUGAAACAGGCCUACCUUCUGUUGGCUGAACCAAAGCAAAUGUGGAUUUGUUCUCACUUUGGCCUGGUAACUUACGGAGCCCAAGGAUCUCUGAAUCCUUCUGACUCCCGGCUCCUGCUCAGCCCCUGGAAGCCAAGAGUCUGCCCCUUGUCUGCCUGGCAUCAUCCAAGGCUAUCAGUAUCAUGCUGGGCUGAGGUUGCAAUGGGGGCAAUCCCAGAGCAGGGCAGGCCCACAGUGGCCCUAGAGCUCCGUGACCUCCAAAUAGUUAACCAGCUCCAGCAGGAUGGAGCCGCUGGCUGAGAGAACUCACCACACAGAGGCAGGCCACUGUUCCCAGCUGAGCACAUGACAUGCACCAUCCCAGCUAUCUGUGAGGCAGGUACAGUCAUCAGCCCGCUUUACAGAGGAAGGUCUGGGGCUAAAAGAAGUUCCACCAUAUGUUACAGAGCUGGAGCUUGCUCCCCAUCCUUUUCGUUUUGUUUUGUUUUGUUUUGUUUUUUGAGAUAGAGUCUCACUCUGUCACCCGGGCUGGAGUGCAGUGGCACAAUCUUGGCUCACUGCAACCUCUGCCUCCUGGGUUCAAGCGAUUCUCCUGCCUCAGCCUCCCAAGUAGCUGGGAUUACAGGCAUCUGCCACCAUGCUGGGAUAAUUUUUGUAUUUUUAGUAGAGAUGUGGUUUCACCAUGUUGGCCAGGCUGGUUGAACUCCUGACCUCAAGCAAUCCGCCCGCCUUGGCCUCCUAAAAUGCUGGGAUUAUAGGCAUGAGCCCCCGUGCCUGACCUCCCUAUCUUUUUUUUUUUUAGACAGAGUCUCACUGUAGUCCAGGCUGGAGUGCAGUGGCACAAUCAUGGCUGACUGCAGCCUCGACCUCCCCAGGCUCAUGUGAUCCUCCCACCUCAGUCCCCCAAGUAGCUGGGACUCCAGGCACGUACCACCAUGCCCAGCUAAUUUUUUUGUAUUUUUUGUAAAGAUGAGAUUUCACCAUAUUACCCCAUCUGGUCUCAAACUCCUGGGCUCAAGUGAUUCUCCCACUUUGGCCUCCUACAGUGCUGGGAUUAGGGGCGUCAGCCACUGUACUCCUCCACUGAGGCCACAACCAUCCUUUUUUUAAAAAAAAAAAUACACUGUUUAUUGGCUGGGCGUGGUGGCUCACACCUUUAAUCCCAGCACUUUGGGAGGCCAAGACAGGCAGAUCACGAGGUCAGGAGUGUGAGACCAGUUUGCCCAACAUAGUGAAACCCAUCUCUACUAAAAAUACAAAAAUUAGCCGGGCAUGGUGGCGGGCACCUGUAAUCCCAGCUACUCGGGAGGCUGAGGCAGGAAAACCACAUGAACCCAGGAGGUUGCAGUGAGCCGAGAUCGUGCCAUUACACUCUAGCCUGGGCGACAAGAGUGAGACUCGGUCUCAAAAACAAACAAACAAACAAACAAACAAAAACACUAUUUUUGAAUAAUUUUAGAUUUACAGAAAAGUGGCAAAGAUAGUAGAGAGAGUUCCCAUCUACCCUUUACCCAGCCUCCCCAGUUGUUAGCGUCUCACAUUUGAUGGGACAUUCGUCACAGCUUGAGGAACCAACAUGGGCAGUGCGUUGCUGUGAACUAGACUCCGGCCGUUAUUUGUAUUUCACCAGUCUUUCUGUUAAUGUCCUCCUUCUGUCCCAGCAUCCAAUCCAGGACACCACAUUGCAUUUAAUAGGCAUGUCUCCCCUGUCCCCUCUGGCCCAUGACAGUUUCUCAGUCUUUCCCAUUCUCUAUGAUCUUAACGGUCUUAAGGAAUACUGGCCGGGUGUCCUAUAGAAGGCCCCAUGUACCUGUUUUUUCUCCAAUGCUCAUACUCUUAAUCACCCCCAAGUCCCAAAGCUGAGGUCAGCUGGGCCAAUCCUGGGGGUUCCGGAGGGAUUCAUGCAUGCAGCCGCGUGAGGCUGCGAAGCAGGAUUAGGCCAGUAGCAUAGAGCUCCCAAGACCUGGAUUUCAAUCCCUCUGCACCACUUAUAAACCCUGUGACUGUGGGUAAGUCUCUUAACUCUUUGUACCUUAGUUUCCCCAUCUGAAAAAUGGAGAUAAUCAUAUAAUCCUACCUCACAGUUGUAGGAUUUGAUGAUCUAUGUGUAUGAAGUCCCUAGCUCAGUACUCACAUGUAGCAAGUGCCCAGGAGUUGGGAAUGAUUAUAAUUCAGGGGGGCUGGACAUCACCCAACAGAUAGGGCAGGGAAGGCCAUGGAGACAAGCUGCCUCCAACCCCACCUUCCAGACCCCACUGCAAAAUAGGUUGGCAGUCUAAUUCCGAGAGGCCUGGCGUGCCCAGGCUUGGGGGUGUGGGGGUAGACAACCAGGAAAAUAGAUCAGGCUGACUGGGGGAGGGAGGAGGGCGCCUCUGUGGGGUAGGUUGUCACAGCAUGUGGAGGCUGGGGGGCCACAGGCUAGGGUAUCAUGGUGGAGUUGGGGUGUCACCCCUGUGGGGGAAAGGGCCAGUGCCCUGGAGCCUGUGCCGAUGCCAUCGUCUCCCCUUU